CUUAUUAGCUCUUCUGGAAAAGUUCGAAAUUGUCGUUAUAUACUAGUCUGCUUGUAGGGACAAAUUCACGCUUAUUUCGUAGUCUUAGACAGUAGGAUUUACAGUGAUUGAAAAAAAACAUGGCUCAUCAGGUUCAUCCAGCGGAAAUUGCUCCAGCGGGACCGAGUUUACCGAGAGAAAGUCAACAUGUGCAGCAAGAACACGGACCAGGGAUGUCACCACAAACACAUCUACCGCCACUGCAACAAGUACAACCACCGACACUGCUACAAGUUCAAGAACCAGCAUCGCAACAAGCAGAUAUACCAUUGCAACCAUUACAAACCCUGGGGUCGCAACAAAAGUUGCCAAAUGACAGUGGUGAAGCUGAAGCUGACGCAAUGAUAUAUGAUUUCCCUGCACAUGUAUCGACCGGUUUCACUGAAACAUUCAAGGAGUCUGAGGACAUCAAAGGACUCGCAUGUACGGAAAAAUGCAACGGGACAAUUUAUAAAUACACCCACUUGGCUUGUUACGGAUUCCUCACCAUUUUCUUUACCCCGUUUAUUGCGUUUUUCUGGGCGUUGUUCUUCGCAUCUGUCAGCCACCUAAUAGUAUGGUUCGUCCAGCCUUUCUUUAAGGCUUUCUACAUCACCUUCAGGCUCUGUCAUAUGGUGUACCGACCUAUUGUUCGACAAUGCCUCGAACCGCUGAGCAAACGUGGUGUCAAGACUCAGCUGACCAUGCCUGAAAUGAAGAUGACCACGGGAAACGUUUAGGGCAAUUUGUCAUCUUAUACAGGCCCAUCUCUCGACAGCGGGAACCAAACAAAACAGCACACCAACAGCCAGAUAAUAUUCUGGCCAAAUCGAUCUUUAUCCAAGCCAUCAGUAGAACCCCGAAGACAUUACACCGGGCGUACCAUUUUAAUGUAUUUUAACAUCAUGAUUUUCCUUAAAUCGCUUUUGUUAUCUGGUAGAUACAUGUAUGAACUGUUUCCAAGGACGGGUUCUUUUUAUCAUAAUUAGUA